AUGCUGAACAUCAUACGGCCCCUGUUACAGCGCUUGACUAACUUUGUUCCGUCUUAUGGACUUCCCAUGUUGUUGGCUUCCUACUCGGCUUCAACUCCAAAUAACGUAUCCCAGAUGGGAUUGGAAGAAUUUUUCGACCGUAGAGAGAACUGGGGUAAUGCCUCCGUUCGAAGCGGACGACCUUGGCGAAAAGAUGAGCUGCGAAUUAAGAGCAACGCGGAUCUGCACAAACUGUGGUACGUGCUACUAAAGGAACGCAACAUGUUAAUGACGAUGGAAGCUGAACACUAUCGAUGCCUGGAGCGAAUGCCGAAUCCAGAGCGCCUCGAAAAAGUAAGUUGA